AUGAAAAUCAAAGUAGUUCACAAUAACGAAAUCCAUCUCUUGAAAUUACAUAACCCAACUCUCCAAGGAAUUAGAGAGCACAUCUAAAAAAUAUAUCCAAAUAUCGAUUCCAACUACACACUCGCCUAUAAUGACUCAGAAAAUGAUUAAAUAUCUCUGAGUUGUUAGGAGGAUUUAUAGGUUCUUGUCGAUGAAGGAAUACAAACAAUCAAAGUUUUUGUGGUAACUGCCUAAUAACCAAAACCAGUUACUCAAGAUAAGAUGGUUCACAAACACCAUACUUGCGAUGGAUGCUAAAAACAACCAAUCGUUGGACCAAGAUUCAAAUGUCUUGAUUGUCCUGAUUAUGACUUGUGUGAAGAGUGCCAAGCCAAAGAUCUUCAUAACUUUCAUAAGUUCUUCAAGAUAAGUACAGAGGAAGAAUUAGAAUAAUUCAGAAAAGAACAUUGGGGUAAAUUUGGACAUUGGGGUCAACGACCUCAUGGACACGGACCUCAUGGACAAGGAUUCCAUGGUCAUGGUCACGGUCACGGUCACGGAUUUCAUGGACACGAAGCUUUUAAACAAUUCCGAGAAUUAUUCCAAGAUCCUGCUUUUAAAGAUAUCAAGCAAACUGUCUUCUCUCUAGCCAAAGAUGUCUUUGGUGCCGUUAAGACAGAGAUUGAGAAGCACAAGAACUCCUAGUAAUAACAAUAAUAGGAGAAACCUGAAGAAGAAUUAUAUGAAGAUGAAAAAUUAGAAACAUAAUAAGAAACCUAAUAGGAAACUCAAUAAGAAAAAUAAUAAGAAAGUACUACCUAAUAAACCGAUUGUAAAGCACAACAAGACAUUGAAGAGAAAAUUUAAUACUUGAUUUCCAUUGUGUAGUGUGAUGAGAAAUAAGCAAGAGAGUUUGUCGAAUGCUUUAAGGAUUUAUCAUUGGAUAGAAUUGUUGAUAUCAUGUUAGAGAAAUAAUGA